CUUAUUCCUUUGCCGUUUAUCCCUAUCCACAUUAAAGCCUCAACUGCCCCACAUUUCCAACCCAUCACUGAAGGAGGGUUUUUGACAACUAAAAAUUCCGAAUCCUUUCAUUUUCCUAACCUUUUCUGUCCAGCCAAACAAAGCCUGUAAUUUCUUGUUCUGUUGCCAUUUCUACCGACAGUUAAUUUCUUAUCUGGGGAAAAAUGGCCGACGAAUCAAAUUCCGUAUGUUUGAAUGAGGAUCCGAACGUUGAGUCAAACAAUAAACGCGACAUCGAUUUCAAUGAAGAGCAUUCGGUUUCGAAGAAGUUGAAAUCCGAUGGCCAAGAAGAGAACAAACCGCAGGUUUUGGACGAGGGGAUUGUAAAGGAGAGUGAGGUGUGCAACGGUGAUGGUAGUUCGGAGCGUAAGGGUUUGGCGCAUAAUGAUAGGAGUGAGGUGAAUUUUGUGAUUGAAGCCGAUGUAGCAGAAGAUAAGGGUUCGAGGCACACAAUGGAGGAUGCUUGGGCCGUGCUUCCCGAUGCCAGCUUGGAAUUUCCUGGAAAACUGAGAUGUGCUCAUUAUUCAAUUUAUGAUGGGCAUGGAGGUCGUCUAGCUGCCGAGUUUGCGCAGAAGCAUUUACAUGCAAAUGUUCUUUCGGCAGGCUUACCACUUGGAUGUAAAAGCUGCCAAAAGGGCAAUACUUGAUGGUUUUCGUAGAACUGAUGAGUCUCUUCUUCAAGAAAGCGCCGCAGGGGGAUGGCAGGAUGGUGCUACAGCUGUAUGUGUUUGGGUAUUGGGCCAAACUGUAAGUUUUU